GCAUUGUACCGCAAAUUUCAGUGUCCGAUUCAGGUUGUGACAGCUUUAAGUUAUUGGACAACAACAACGCCCACGGUUCAGAAGAGACCUAGUACUAGGAAGAGGUGAACACCGAGUGAUGGCGCCCAGCAAAAUGACACUAUCAUCAUGGACCCACAGUUAGAUUUUAGAUUUUUACCAAUGUACACUGAUGAGAUGUCUGAAGAUGUAGAACCUGAAUAUGAAUUUGAACCUAACACUUAUGAAAAAUUCAUGAGAAAACAUCUGCAGCAUUAUGGCUACUACACAGGACGUAACCAAGGAUACCGUCACAAAUAUGAGCAGUAUGCAGAAUCCGAUGACUUGGCUUUGAUAAGCGAGUCUAGUGAGUCAGAAUCAGAUCUAGAUGACGAUGAUAAGCAAGAUAACAAACUACAAGAAGACAUCCUACGGACGACACAACUGGUCUACAGCUAUGAAGCAGGGCGUAUGGUGUCUCGUUUACGAGAACCCAGGAAUCUCUAUGCUUUGGCAAAAGAGCUUGGAGCUCAGCAAGCUGCUAGAUGGCCUAAUGACUUGCAAGUGCUACAGACCCGUAUCAAACAUAUCCGCUAUGUUCCACCUAGCCCAGAGAAAUUUUAUCAGCCAACUGGCUUGGAGCACACCCCCAUGGUGAGAGGAGAGGAGUAUGGAGGCAGACUGGUUUAUGAAUAUGAUACCAAGGGAGCAUUUUUUGUUCGGUCCUGUGUUGGAGGGACAAAGAAUGGCUACACCACUUGCUGCGUCCCAUUGAUGUCAAAGGAAGACCAGACACUGCUGUUUGAAUCAAGAUUUGAAUGUGGGAAUCUAGGAAAAGUUGUUCAAAUUGGAGAGUACGACUAUGAGCUGUGGCUGAAGUAUGACUAUUACACACAUAAACAUACUCAGUGGUACUACUUCCAAGUGAACAACACUAGAGCUAACAAACUCUACAGAUUUACCAUCGUUAACUUUAUGAAGCCAGACAGCUUGUAUAACAAUGGCAUGAAGCCACUUAUGUACAGUGAAAAAGAGGCACAACAGAGGAAAAUAGGCUGGUUCCGGUGUGGCUCCAGUAUCAAGUACUAUAGGAAUAACAAAAUGUACUCAACUGCCAAGGGAGAUAAGCCAUUCUACUCGCUGACAUGGACUGUGGAGUUCACUCAUGACAAUGACACUGCAUAUUUUGCUCACUGUUUUCCCUACACCUACACAGAUCUUCAGGACUAUUUAAUGGAGGUGUCCAAUGAUCCCAUCAAGUCUAAGAUCUGUAAACAGCGUGUGCUGUGUCGAACCAUGGCUGGUAACUUGGUCUACAUUCUCACCAUAACAUCACCCUCUCAGAAUCCUCAGGAUGUCAAGUACAAGAAAGCUGUUGUGAUAACAUCCAGGGUUCAUCCAGGAGAAAGUAACUCUAGCUGGAUGAUGAAAGGGUUUCUAGACUAUCUGACAGGCAACUCUGCUGAUGCUAAGUUGUUGCGGGACACAUUUGUGUUUAAGAUUGUGCCCAUGCUAAACCCUGAUGGUGUUAUAGUUGGUAACUACAGAUGUUCUCUGUCAGGACGGGACCUGAACAGAAACUACAAAACAAUGCUCAAAGACUCCUUCCCUCCAGUCUGGCAUACCAGAAACAUGAUCAGAAGGUUGUCAGAGGAGAGGGAAAUAGUGGUAUAUUGUGAUCUACAUGGACACAGCAGGAAACAAAAUGUCUUCAUCUACGGCUGUGAAAAUCGUUAUAGUGCUAACAGGAGGUUACGGGAACGCAUAUUCCCCAUGAUGCUCCACAAGAAUGCUCCUGAUAAGUUCAGCUUUGACAGUUGUAAGUUCAAGAUUCAGAAGAGUAAAGAAGGCACUGGCAGAAUUGUCAUGUGGAACAUGGGCGUAAUGAACAGUUUUACCAUGGAGGCUACAUUUUGUGGCUCAACUCUUGGCAAGAAGAAGGGUCAUCACUUUUCAGUGGUGGACUUUGAGAUGAUGGGCUACCAUUUCUGUGACACCCUAUUGGACUACUGUGAUCCAGAUAACACAAAAGCUGCUAAUAUUUAUUUGGAUUUGGAGGAGAGACUGAAGAAGGAGAUUUUGGUGAGACUAGAGAAUCAAGGCUUAAGUACAGAGGAUAUAGAUCUCAACGAUGAUUACGUCUACGGCUUGGAGUCUACUGAUGGAGGUUCUGACAGCUCAGGCUCUGAUGGCCUCCCCAUCCACUUACAGUAUCUGUCAGCUCAGGCUGCGAAAAAGAAGAAGAAGCUAAGGUCAAGAAAGGAACGUGACAGACAAAGACUCCUUAAGGAGACUGUCAAGAAGACUUCAAAUGUACAGUUGGAAUCCAAGCCUGCAGAGAAGAAGACUUCUUCACAGCCUUCAUUCAGCAAACAGGACAAGGAGCGCUGUGAAAACAGACAGACGAAACGUAAUGAGUACUUGGAAGCGCUGACACGCACCUAUAUUCAGCAUGGAGCACUUGCUACAUCAUCAGAAACAGGUCAUGUCCCAGACAGAGAGAGUGCCACACCGCAUUUCCGAUACUCUGGCAAUAAGUUACCAGCCAUACCCUUUAGUAUAGAGGGUCUGUGUGCACACCAUGAGCAGGCACUAGCUGCACAGUACAUGAGCCACCAGCUGCGCAGCCUUCAACCCCCAGAAUUUAAACAUGAAGAAUCAAAAGUGGAGUUUGAAAAGGUUGAAAACACCAUAGAAAAUUUCAUUCAUGGCCAGAUGAAUCAUAGCUCAGCAUUACCAGCUGAUCGUGCGGUCUUGCAGAGCAUUCCACCUCAGCGCCAUUUGUUGGAGAUUGUUGUUUCCCGAGAAAGGGAACAAUUUAUUGAGAACCUCAAGAAGAAGGGAGAUGGCAGUAAAAACAAUGGUGAGGCAGUACACUCUCCUGCACUCUUGACGGACCCCGGACAGAACCCGCAGAGGCAGGCUGCAGAUGGUCUUCCACCAAAACCAAAUUGUUCUAAGAUGCGCAUCACAUCUGUGACUCCGAUCAACUCAGAGUCAUCCAACAGUCAGGUCCAUGUCUCUGGAGGUAUGGAGGGUAUAGAGGUCGCUGAUGAAGGGCGAAGUGGCAGUAGCUCCAAACUAUCUGGUGACAAAACACCAGACUUUGACCUAAGUUCAUCUAAAAGAAAACCCAGGAAGACGUCCAAUGGAAAAAAGAAGAAACUGAAUGCUUUUGGAGUGGAGGAUGCCAAACAAAACUCUACAAGCCAUCAAGCUGAUGCCGAUGGAUCCCAGAAGAAGAAGCCUGUGGCUAAGACAUCCAAGCUGGACAUUCCCCUGGGGUGUAGUGAUGAUGGGGGCGAGGCGGACAGUAUACUACAUCUGACCCAGGCCAGGGAGCUGGUAGACAUGGGCUCGACCAGGGUGGAGAAAUAUUCUCCACGCAACCGAGGGCGGGAAGUUGUAGUAAGAAAAGAUGUGCAUGUCACUCACCCAACAGAACUGAUUGUGGUUAAGGCCAAGUCAUGUAAGGCUCAGCCCCAAGUGCCCACACCACCUGCCCGGUGUAAAUCCUCGAAAGACAGUCCACGGGAGCAGAGGGAGAGAUCACCCAAUUUCAAAAAGAAUAUGCUCAUGAUGUCAGCUGGACAAUUUGGGAUGCUUAGCAAUACAACAGAGAGGGAUAGUCCAAAGCAGCAGUCACCCUCAUCAGCUGCUAAAUCCAAAUUAUCUCCCUCAACAAGUCAGUACAUAAAGCGUCUGCUGAAGGAGGCAGAUGAGGAGAUCAGUGAGCUAACAACAGAAUUGGAGGAGGAUGUUAAGAGGGAACGGAAACUUAUGAAAGACUUGCAUGUACAGAAGGAGGAGGUGAAUACAGAACCAGUGACUAGGGAGAGUUACCCAGGUGAUUCUGGCCGUGAAGGGAGCAGUGUGAGCCCCGAGGUCAAGAUAGAUGAUGAGGACUCUCCCCAGGAGUGGGCGGGUGAACAGGCCCAGAUUCAAGAGAUGAAGUACCAGAUGUCUACAGAUGCACAAUGGAACCCACUGCUAUCAACAAGUGCUUCAAAGAACAGCAGUGAAGAAACUCACUCCAGGAAAGAGGCAUUUUCAAGGUUAAAAUCAGGCAGACAGAGUAAGAGAGAGCUUGUAGGAGCUGCUCCUGCCAAGAUCUCCCUGAUGAUAACACAUGGCCAUUCAGAGACAAUUGAACACCAAAACCCAGCAGCCAGACAUUUUCUGCCUUUAUCACGCCACCCCAGACAGGUUCAUCUCAGGCAUACCUCAAAGAAGACCUAACAUUGUGGAAAUCAUUGCUAUUUUUGUAUAAAUGUAUAUACAUACAGGAUUCCCUGUGAUAUAUAGAAUGUUUGCAUGGAGACUAUGUUCACAUAUAAUUUGGACUAAGCUUAAUCUGUCUUUGUGAAAGAUGAAAGAAAACCUGGAAAUACGUCAUGUACCACAAGGUUGUCCAGUCACUGACAGGUAAAUAGUGUAUUCAGUUUGAAAAUUAUGUUGUCUAAGCUAACAUCUUUUUUACUGCAAGAAAAUGAAACUUUCUAGGAUUAGUCUAUAAUGUUCUUGGUGUCACAUGCAAAUAUUAAUAGAUGCAGCUAGUCAUAUAACAAUUGGUUUGAACUGUGUACAAGGUGUCCUUAGACUCAUUGUAUUGUGAUCAUAGGAAAGUGAAAUGUAAAGAUAAUUGUGUGUAGCUGGUUAUAUUUGUACCUGAGGAAGAAGUGCUUGGUGUGUAUAUUUUGCAUGUGUUUUGUCCAGAGGAUAACUCUUCAUUUUUUCCAUGCUGGAAGUUUUCCCAGUCAAGACUGGCAUACAUGUUCAUAUUUUCUGAAUGUCAACAAUAAUAUUUACAGCUACCCUGUGAUACGGUGCCUUGUUAUAUCUACUGCUGUUUUUAGCCGAGUGUAUUGCAGUUUUAGGUCAUGUGGAUACACAUUGAGGCAAAUGCAGAUUUUGGAAAAGACCACCAACGUUACAUUGAUAUGUUUCUGUAUGUUUUAUCUGUAAUUAAGUUUUAUUUGUCAUUGUUAUCUGCUUUUGUCUAUUCAGUUUGUUAUGUAUUUUAUUGUUCAAUCACAUUUUGUCAUGUGUAACUUGAAUUAUAUCAUACAUUGUCAUUCCAGUACUAUUGUCAUAAUCUUAAUGAGUUUUUGUUUUUCACAUACUAUUUUGUGUAAGUAAAGACUACAUGUGUUAUAUAUAUCAUUAUAUAUUCCAUUUUUCAAAUUAUCCACCAUUCUUAUUCAUGAUAUUGACAUUUAUUUUCCGUCCAUGUGGUGUUCCACAUUUGCUAAAUCUACAGUUACUUAAGUACAAGCAGUUUUAUGUGAUAUUUACCCAUCUCUUUAAUUAUUAUCUACACAUAUAUUCAUUAUACAUGAAAACUUAUUGUUUAUUAAGAUUUCAUCAAGGUGAUGUAGUUAAGUGUAUUGUUUAUUUUUGUAUUACCAGUAUGUUAUUUAUGAUUUCUGAACUCAGCUGGCAGUAGGCCAAAUGGAAGCAAAUUUGCUGGGUUAGAGCUAUCCAUACCGUCAUAUUUUUUUUUUGUCUUCAUUUACACAUGACACUUGUUGUUCAUCUGCU